UUUUGUUUUAAAUAUUCACAGUUUUUUUUCAUUUUUUACGAGGCCACGCCCGCUUGAGCUGCUGUACCGCUCUUGUUUUCAGAAGCGACCUGCCCACAACAACAAUAACAACAAGCUGUCGCUGCCUCUGCAGAAGUGGUCUGAUGGAGCAAAGGCACUCGGCGCGGCUCGGUGCAAAAAGGCAACAAUGCGACCGGUGUGCAUACAGCACGGAUCGUCCUGAACAUUUUACAAAACACCAGAGAACUCGCACAGGAGAGAAACCCUUCAAGUGCAGUGUGUGUGGGAAGGCAUUUUCACAUUCAUCUACUCUUGUAAUACACCAGAGAACACACACAGGAGAGAAACCCUUCAAGUGCAGUGUGUGUGGGAAGGCAUUUUCACAUUCAUCUACUCUUGUGAUACACCAGAGAACACACACAGGAGAGAAACCCUUCAAGUGCACUGUGUGUGAAAAGGCAUUUUCAGAUUCAUCAACUCUUCAUGUACACCAGAGAACACAGAGCUAG